UUAGAAUAUUCGUUCAAUCCACCAGUGCACUUGACUGUUGGAAAAAAUGAAUUCAUUUUGUUGUUCCUCUUCAGGUUCUCGAACAGUAUGGCCUGAUGAAACUAUGGGACCAUUUGGACCUCAGGAUCAGAGAUUCCAGCUUCCUGGGAACAUAGGUUUUGAUUGUCAUCUCAGUGGGACCACAUCACAGAAGAAAAGCCACGUUCAUAAAACUUUACCUGAUGUUCUCGCAGAACCUUUAUCAAGUGAAAGACACGAGUUUGUGAUGGCACAGUAUGUGAAUGAAUUUCAGGGUAGUAAUGCACCUGUUGAACAAGAAAUCAGCAGUGCAGAAACUUACUUUGAAAAUGCCAAAGUAGAGUGUGCAAUCCAGACAUGUCCAGAAUUGCUUCGAAGAGAUUUUGCAUCACUGUUUCCAGAAGGAGCUACCAACAAACUAAUGAUUCUGACUAUAACACAGAAAACUAAGAAUGAUAUGACUGUUUGGAGUGAAGAGGUAGAAAAUGAAAGAGAAAUGCUUUUAGAAAAGUUCAUUAAUGGUGCUAAAGAAAUUUGCUAUGCUCUUCGAGCUGAAGGCUAUUGGGCUGACUUUAUUGACCCAUCAUCUGGUUUGGCAUUUUUUGGACCGUAUACAAACAACACUCUUUUUGAAACAGAUGAACGCUAUCGACAUUUAGGAUUCUCUGUGGAUGAUCUUGGCUGCUGUAAAGUGAUUCGUCACAGGCUCUGGGGUACCCAUGUGGUUGUAGGAAGUAUCUUCACUAAUGCAACACCAGACAGCCAUAUCAUGAAGAAAUUAGGUGGAAACUAACAGUAAUGUUGAUUUAUUGGCUGUACAAUUUGUACGUACCAUUUGAGUUGAUCUAUAAACACUCACAAAAGCUUCAGUUUUUAAAAUUUACUUAUUUCUAGGUAUUUCGACAUUUAUGGAUUUACAGCAUUGGCAAGUGGUAUGUGAUUUUUAAAUCUCAAAUGUUUAUCCAUACUAUCAUUGAAUACAUAUUGAUCAUAUCCACCUUGUAUAGAAUGUGGUAAUUAACAUGUAACCAGGACAUGAUCUCAUAUUGUUAUUUCAUCCCUUUAUUGGAAAAUCCUGUUUUAUUUUUCUCUAAAAAUAAACCACACAUUUGGA